AUGUUGUCCCACCUCCAGAGCAUUGCGCCUGGGAAAAGCAAGAAACUAAAGGUUCGCGUCCUCAGACCCAUCAAUCCGAACCGCAUUCGUCAUCUUGAGAACGAUAUCUUUGAGGUGAACGAGAGCGGCAUGGUUGUUGCCACGAUCAAGUGUGUGGUCGUUGGCGACGGUGCGGUUGGCAAGACAUGCUUGUUGAUCUCCUACACGACAAACAAAUUCCCCUCGGAAUAUGUUCCCACGGUCUUCGACAACUACGCCGUGACGGUGAUGAUCGGCGACGAGCCAUACACACUGGGUCUCUUUGAUACUGCCGGACAAGAGGACUACGACCGACUUCGACCAUUGUCAUAUCCCCAAACGGACGUCUUCCUUGUCUGCUUUUCCGUCACCUCGCCAGCUUCAUUCGAGAACGUGCGAGAAAAGUGGUUCCCAGAAGUCCACCACCAUUGCCCCGGCGUACCUUGCCUGAUUGUUGGAACUCAGACCGAUCUCAGAGACGACCCAUCUGUGCGUGAAAAGCUUGCAAAGCAGAAGAUGCAGCCAGUGCGCAAGGAGGACGGCGAGAGAAUGGCCAAGGAACUGGGAGCCGUCAAAUAUGUCGAAUGCAGCGCCCUGACCCAGUACAAGCUCAAGGACGUGUUUGACGAGGCCAUCGUGGCAGCGCUAGAACCUCCGCCAAAGAAGAGCAGUAAAAAGUGCACGAUCUUGUGA